ACAACGACCAACGACUCGGCCAAACACGGAUAGAGCACAUUGAAACGACGUCGUCGAGUGCAACACUUACGAGUGUGCAGUUACUCGAAAACUACUACAACGAUACCACGGCGACGACGACGACGAUAACGACUACGAGGACAGGCAGCAUUUGUUACUCAGUGUGGAUAGUGCAAAAGCGCACACACAUACCCAGGGGUGCUCAGGUGGUGCAGAGGCUUUCCUGGAUGGCUGCUUGCCCGAGUGCUGGCCGUUGGAGGAGUGCGCGCAUACGCGGCCACUCACAAGCAAGCGCAAUUAGACGUAAGUGAAAUGUGGCAGCCGCAGAAGCAGGCGACGGCAGCCAACUACUUUAGAGCUUUAGUGCAACGGUGGCUGAGUGCCACAAUGCUGCCACUGCCAUGCUGUCGGCGGUGCUGCGCGCCUUGUCGUCUCGCCUCGAUUCGAUUUGGGCUUUUUAGCGUCUCCCCACGACAGGAACACCAACAACAAGAGAAGCGUCAGCCGAAACUGAAACGACAACAAGAACAACAGGGCGCAUGGUAAGAACAAACGGCGAUAAGAGUGGCAACGGCAGCGGCAGCGGCAGCGGCAAUAGCAACAGUAGCUGUAGUGGCAGGAACUACGAAACGGUUUAAGGCAAGUCGGAGGUACAAUAUUUGCAGUUAUGUACAUACAUAUGUAAAUGUGCCGACUUACUUGCUUGCUUACUUACGUGCUUGUAGUGCCGGUGCUUGUGCUUGUGCUCGUGCUUGUAGUGCGGCCGUGGCGCGCAGACAACAGCAACAGACAGCGAAAAUUUCCCCCAGUCAAAGUUGUUGCGAUUUCAGUGGCAUUCAGUUUGGUUCAGUUGAGUUCAGUUUAGUUUUUCCGUAACAAAAUGUGCGAAACGAUUUCAGUCUAAUUCAGACGGUCGUGCUGAGAAGACUUUGUUGUUGAACGUCACUUCAACACACGGCCAUAAAAUACCCACACAUCAAAACGCACACGACAUACAACACUCACGUUAGACGGCUGACACGAUACCGAAAGCACCCACACACACACAUACACUUCCGUACACUAACACACACAACACAUAGGCGCUCAGGCGCGCGCACACACGCACAUGCAUACCGGCUUACGGUAAAAGUGAAAAAACGUCGUGUGCGGAAAAUUCGCGCGUCGUCGCAGCCGCCACGCUUGCCGCUCGCCAACGCGCGGCUGCGGUGGCCAAGCGCCAAACACCACACUGAGCUACGUCAUCAACCGCCAAUCAAACAAAGCGAAAAGUAAUAGCAGCAAUAACAAAACAAAUAACAAUUAUAUUCAAAACAGUAAAAAAAGAAGCGCAAGACAGUAGCAAUAACAAGAAACAGCUUAGUACCCAUUUGCCGCUAGCACUGCUCGCCUCGCUGGCUGUCACCAGCCGGCCUGCCAGCGAACUAGCCAAAGAGCCAAGCAGCCAGCCAGCCAGCAAGCCAACAAGCCAACAAGCUAGCGUUGCCGGCCACAUUCGCAGCGAGUCGCGUCGCGCCGAGUUUCGCAUUGCCAACGAACUGAGUAGAGUUGAGUGGCGAUGUGCCGCGCUGUGCUGUGUUGUGUUUACGUUGCGUUGCGUUGGCGUGCAGUUGAAAUGAGCGCCACACGCGAGUAACAAAUUUUACAACGCGCGCGUUACGAAAAAUACGAAAAAGUUACACAAAUACUAUUUGUUGUGUAUUAGUGACAAUACAACAUUAAUAAAUAUACAACGCAUUGGUUGUGUGCCGGCGUUUGUUUGUCGGAAAGAAACGGAACAAAACAAAAAACGUGAAAUCAAAGUGAGCGUGUGUGCGUAUGUGUGCCUGUGUCUAUGGCGUAAUCGCGCGUUUUCCGGUACAUUUUUGCAUUAUGCAUGUGUGGCACCAACACAGACGCGCACACAUACGCACAAGCCCUAUUAUGUUAUGCAUUAGCAUGCAAGUGUAUUAUAAUAAGUAAUGAUAUACAUGUAUGUGUGUGUGUGUGUAUAUAUGCGAUGAGCAAAAAUACGCAAUGUUAGAAUUAAAAGCGGAACGCGCUCACACAUACAUUCACACGCAAAACUUUCGAAAGCCUGCUUCCGUUCAAACACCUAUACAUACUCACUGAUGCACACAUACGAACUAAUAAUUUAAUAUAUGAACUCAUAUCGUUCUUUGUGUGUAUGUGCGCUGCUGCCUGCUCAGGUGAAGGGUGUCAUAGUUUGGAAAAAGUAAUGAACAAUGUCGGAGUUGAAGAAAUACAUACAUACGUAUAUAGAAAAAAAACAGCAAAGGAAACAAAAUAAGAAUAAAGAAUGAAAUAAUUGAAAAAAAUAUUUAAAAACAAAAUCGAUAAAACGAUUUGUAUGCAAUAAUGCUAGGGGUUCACAAUUUUUUAUUACUAACCAAAGUAAUCAUUAAUAAUCAAAGUAUGUAGUAUGACUAACGCAAUUGGUCUUAUUAAGGAAAGCUUAUCACAACCAUUGUCAAUAAAAAGUUUAAAGAAGCACGAUCAAAACCAUUUUCCGGCCGGAAAUAACGAAAUUCUGUUCUGCAUUUUUCGAGAAUAUCGGUUCCAACCGUUGUUUACCACUUAAAACUUAUAGAUAGAUAUAUUUAUGAAUACAACUACAAUCUAAGAUGGUCAGGAUGACAACACAACGAGGGAUGUUGCUCUGUUCGUCGCCGACCACCAGUGCAAUCUUUUACUUUAAUGAACAUUAAGAUAUCCUGUUAAAAUUUGUUUUCAACACUAUGAAUGUUUGGUAACGAAAGAUCGAUUAUUUACCCAUUUAUGAUAAUCCUUUUACACAACUCGCUUUAAAAUAAAUUACCGAAAAAACAAUGAAAAUAUCUAUGGCCCCAAUUAGGACAUAGCUUUACUUUACCGUAAAUAGGCAAUUGGUGGAGGUUUCCUCAUGGAAAUAAUUUAGUUAAGUUCUCGAGAUACAUAAUGUAAACGUUUUGAAUUUUUCUCUUUUAGAAACUUACUUUGAAUUCCAUCUUCUAAUUCCAUUCAUAUUAGUAGCAAUUUUUCGAGAGCAAAUGUGCAAAAAACUCAGGAAAAAAUAGAAUUUUUUUCUAAUAAAAUGUUACUAACGAUAUUUAGUGCUUUAAAGUACUAUUUUCUAAUUAAACAUUUUCACCAAAUAAAAAAUUAUGUAUAAAGAGUGGUCAUUUCCUAUAACGUCAAAAUUGAUCAAGAGGUUCAUUUAACAAAAGAUUUAAAUCAAAAGUCUACCAAAAUUGUGUUGGUUAUAGCAAAUAACACUUUUUGGAGUUAUAUUUAAAGGAAUAUUAUGAGUUAUGAUCAUUGGGCAGAAACCAUUUUGUACCAAAUAGGUCAAUUCUUGACUUAAGCAAAUUUGCCUAAUCUGAAAUACAAAAUUCUUAAAUAUUUGUGAUAAGUUAUCACCUUCUUCCGCCAAAGUUAAUAUGUCGGAUUAAGUCAUCUUCCCGAUCCGUGAGAUUAGUUUUUGGAACGCACUAUAUUUUCAUUUAGGAAGAGAAUUUAGACAUUUGUGAGUUUCAUUAUACUAACGUUUCUUUUGCAAAUAUAAAAAAAUGUGUGGUAAGGCCGUCGGCAUGUCAGAUCAAACCGUUAAAAAUAUUUUUUCUGUUUUCAGUUCAGAUUAACAGAUUUUUGAUAUACAUUAAAUGAAAAAAAUUAGCUAACAUUGAUUUAUGGCAGUCGGGGAAUAUAAAACCUAGCAAUUCUGUCCGAUUUCCCGAUCUUUUCUUUAAAUGUAGGUUGAAAUCCAAUUUAUUGGAUCAUGGACAGUUUAUAAAUAUGUGGAAUAACUACCGAUUCGUUCUUUAAUAUAUUGAGAAACCGAUUUUGCAACUUAAAAUAUAGAAUAGUAUAUACCUCAAAAGCAAACAUAUAGAGUAAAGUCAGCCGGAUGUUCGAAAAUCCGGAUAUAAAAUUAUAUAGUGGCUGGGACAAGUUUUCACUAAAAUUUAUCUAUACACUGCUUUGAGUAAAAAUAUGCUAUCUCAUUUUCAUGGAGAUAAAUCACAUAUUGGCCGAUAUAUGCGGUACAAAGUCACCAGGAAGUUCGAAAAUCUUUAUCUUAGGUAUUUGGGGGCUACAGGAAGUAUUUACGUAAUUCAACCUAUUUUUGGCAUACAGACAUUCGUCUGUCAUCGUCAGAGGAGUAUUAUCCCUGAAUUUCAAUUCAUUGACCAAUACUUUCGAUUAAAAGUCAACCAUAGAUAGUGGGGCUCAACUCCUUGGUACUUUGAUGGUUGAGCAAUUUUUGGUCAUAAGGUGGCAAACACUAAAGGAAUUAUUAGUGCAAAGUUGUAUUAAUAAUGUUAUACCAUCUCGGAAGUAAAAUUUAAUGUCUCUGGCGUAAUUAGUUAUUGACUUUUUCAAAAUUUUUUGUCCAAAGGUGCCCCUUGCUAAAAUCCCUUGCAAGGGAGUACAGUUUUAUAUCUUAUUUUAGUGCUUCGUUAUGGCACUUUCUAGGUCUGCGGUCAAUGUCGAUUUGUGGGCAUGGCAGUGCUCCGAUUACGUUCAACUACGAACUUGUAAAUUCUUUUGUCCUAGGAAACUCACAUACCAAGUUUCAGCAAGAUAUUUCAAUUUUUAUUCAAGUUACAGCUUGCACGGAUGGACGGACGGACAGACAGACAGUCAUCCGGACUUAUACUUUUCUCGUCAUUCUGAUAAAUUAUGCAUAACCCUCUAUCCAUCUCGCUUAGUUUUAGGUGAUACAUACAACCGUUAGGAGAACAAAACUAUAAUACUCUGUAGCUACUGGUUGCAAGGAUAAAAAAAUUGUAUAUAUAUAUUGUAUAUAUUUAAUAUUGAGUAAUAUCAAACCCUAACAAUUACACGAAGUAUUGCACAGAACACAUUGAUCAUCAAGAAUAUGAACGGAAAUAUGCUUGGAGCAGCGAGUAACUUGCCUUUGCCAGAUCUAGAGUGAAAUACUUCCGCUCUCAUAUUUUCAUAUAUCCAGAUGUAAUAGCGGAAAGAGAAAUAAAACCCCGAAGGAGAUUUAUGACAGUUUCAAGGUUCUCUGCCAACUACAAUUUUAUCUGGCCUUUAAGUAUAAAUUGAAGUCAGCAACAGAUCCCACAACAAAUCAUUUUUUCAAAAACUAUCAAACUUACAGUCUGUCAAGUAAGAGCGUGGUCGUGUUAAUUUAUAAAAAAAAAAUAUUUUAUGAAACUUUCAUAUUUAUAUAUACAUUGUACACAUUACAAACAAUGAUGCAAUUUGGUCAAUAAUAUGUCCAGUCACCACUGGCGUGCUAAUUUGACGGCGUAUUCCAGUGGCAAAGAUCUCCAGAUCUCAUGAAUUCCGUAAGACAACUGCUUCAAAGUGUAUGUGCGUCUUCCACGAAGCUUCUGCUUAAUACUUAAAUAUGCUCACACAUUUUCGAUAGGGUUUGCAUCGGGCGACAAGACGACGGCCAAUCCAAUGUAACGAUGUCAGAUUGAGUUUUCCAAUGAGUACAGAGCUUGCUGCGGUGUUUAGGACCGUCGUCCUCCUGCAGAAUCCAAUCUUAAUUUUUUCUGAUGAACCAUCGUUUGGCAGAUAACAGUAAAGCCGUUUUGUAUAAUUUUAUCAUUUUCUCGGCAUUUAGGUUGUCAGUAAAGAGGUACAAAGUACCGAAUCCCUGCUUUGAGAAGCAGCCCCAAAGGUGCACCUUUAUUCCAUGUUUUACGGCCCACUGAACAAGCCUAUUGGUGGAAGUUGACCAGGCUCGCGAGGAGACAGAACGUGUCCAUAUAGAACAUUUAUCAGUAAAAAUGACAUUUUCAAAAUCUCCAUCAAUAUUCUCAUACGAGUCGCUUUGUCACAAGUUUUUCAGUCAACAGAGGCUUUUCAUUGUGUUGCUCCAUUUUAGACCAUCAGUAUGAAUAUAUCGGAUUGUUUCGUAGGAUAUAUCUAAACCUUUUGCCAUUAAUUUGGCUUGUCAUUGCCGCAGUGUUAAGGCAGGGUUCCAGGAAAACAGAUUCACUAUUCUUCUUUCAUCUUUUUUGUUUCACUGAUUGCGACGUUUUGGGAACUUUCGGGUGGAUGCAAAGGAACACAGCUUCGUAGCGCGACGCGUACUUAGCACUCAUGGCGUUUAACGUGAUUCUCUUUCAAAAGAUCAACGACAACUGAACCUUUGUUGACAAUGCAUCAAGGACAAACUCCCCUCUAUCAGCUCGCAAAGGAAUUAGAGCGAAAUCUUUCAUUAACUGUCGGUAAAGUCGACCACGCUCUUACUUGACAGACUGUAUCAAACAAAUAAAAAAUAUUCUAUGUAUUAUAACUUUUUUAUUGCUAACCUAUACAAAUAUGCAAAACUAUGUAUCUUUUAAGUGAGAAAAAAUAUUUUACUCAGAUGAAAAUGUAUAAACAAAUAAGAAUGUAAGGAAAAUGUGUAUACAAUUAGUUAAUGAACAAAAAAACUCAUUGCUAAUAUGACUACAUUCUUACAAUUUAAAUUUUGAAUAAAGAAUGCAAAUUUUAGUCAGCCAACAAGUCUAACCGCCGCUACCGUAACCAAAAUAAACACACAGUGAUCAUUGAUUAACCACCGAGCGACAGCAGGUAAAAUGACGUCUAACUCACCGCCACCGCAAGGAGGCGGCCUACGACCGCUGAGCGCCGCCGAUAAUGCGACAACUUCAUCGCCUUUUCGUUCGCUGCUCUCAAGUCCAAUGUUGUCACGGCAGCGUGCCAAUCUCGCUGCACGCACCUCAUCGACUUCAUCGGUUUCAUCGCCCGCGUCUCCACAACCACCGCCGCCACGACCCGCUUCCGUAUUGCCAAGCUUUCUUGGCAGUCCACUUACACCGCCGCCUCCGACAGCACCUACACACUCGGCAACCUGUGGCGAACAAGGUGACGACAGUUUAGCGGCACGCGAACACGAGUCUAAAGCAGGCCGCUGCACUCCGCUGUUACGUGAGGAGUCGCCAAUACCACCCGCAUGCUCGACCACUGCACACACGCCAACACCUGGUGGUGAGAACAUUGGAACACGUGUCAUAUCACCCAGUGGCACUAGUGCUGUUGGGGCGGCUCAAGCCAUCUCACCGCAUUCGUCAACUGGCUCGACGGCAACUGUGCCGCAACAAUUUUGUCUGCGUUGGAACAAUUACCAAAGCAAUCUGACAAGCGUCUUCGAUCAGCUCUUGCAAAGCGAAUCGUUUGUCGAUGUGACUUUGGCUUGCGAUGGACGUUCGAUUAAGGCGCACAAAAUGAUACUUUCCGCGUGCUCGCCCUAUUUUCAGAUGUUGUUUUCGGACACACCGUGCCAGCAUCCCAUUGUUAUUAUGCGUGAUGUCAACUGGUCCGAUUUGAAGGCGAUCGUCGAAUUCAUGUAUCGUGGUGAGAUCAAUGUUAGUCAAGAUCAGAUUGGUCCGCUUUUGCGUAUCGCUGAAAUGUUGAAGGUACGUGGACUGGCGGAUGUUAGCGCGGGUAGUGUGUCCGCAGAAGAAGCGGCCGCGGAACGUUUACUGAAAGAACUGCAUUCUCCAUCCAAAUCGUGUUCACCAAAGAGAGGCGGAGAUGGUGGAUCUCCAGCCUCGAAACGUGAACGUAAGGAUUAUCAUGAUCCGCUUACCGAAUCAGAGGAGCCGUUAGCUUUCCUAGACGCUGAGAAAAAGUUGCGCUUAGGUCGCAAUGAUUGGGAUUUUAGUACAGCAACUAGCGGCAGCAGCACCAGUGGCGAUAUUCUCGGAGGCAGUAGCAAUCUAGAGUUACGGCUAUCUCCUCUACUCUUGCCACAACAACAGCAGCAAGCUUCGCAGCAGCAACUACAGCAACAACAAUCACGUCAUGUACGCAAACGACGUUGGCCAUCAGCUGACAUGAUCUUCAAUCCGCCACCAAGUCCCUUAAGUGGUCUCAUUGCGGCCGAACGAGCUGAACGCGAACGGGAGCGAGAACGUGAACGCGAGCGAGAACGUGAUCGUGAUUGUACAAUAAUAACACCGCCUCAAACCACAUCAGCUGCUGGCACAGCUCCCUCUAGCACAACGCAAUCAAGCGUACGUAGUACAUCACGUCUAACACCUUCCUUGCUCGAGACCGCCGCUCACUUAGACCUGCCCUCACCGUCUACGACACCGGCACCUUCUCUCUUGCGUCCCAUGCGCACACCACCUGGUGUCGCUACGCAUUUGUCACAUCAACAGUCACAGCAACAAGCGCAUCACCAGCAACAACAACAACAGCAACAGCAAUCACAUCUUCCCGGACAAGCCCAGUCACAACAAUCGCAUCUCCUACACUCACAUCGCGCAUCGCCUGCCUCAUCAGCGGCGACGCCUACACACCCGUCCAGCUUGAUCAGUGGCCAACUCACAGCUACACCCGUGGGUAGUAGUGGUGUGAGCGGUCGUUCAGAGCAGGGUGGUGGCGCUAGUGACUCGCGUUUUGCGCUGGGCUCUCAAGCGGCUGCAAUGGCGGCCGCUGUAGCUGCACAAAUGGACUUGGGAGCGAUGGGCAUGCCACACGGUAGUGCUCCACCGCCGACGCAUGCCCCACAUCAUCACACUUCCUCACUGGCCGAUGAUCUAGAAAUAAAACCGGGAAUUGCGGAAAUGAUACGCGAGGAAGAACGGGCCAAAAUGUUGGAGAACUCACACGCUUGGAUGGGCGCUUCAAGCUCUUCGACAAUUGCAGCAGACAGCUAUCAAUAUCAAUUGCAAUCCAUGUGGCAGAAAUGUUGGAACACUAAUCAAAGUCUCAUGCAUCACCUGCGCUUCCGUGAACGUGGCCCACUGAAGUCGUGGCGCCCCGAAACAAUGGCCGAGGCUAUAUUUAGCGUACUCAAGGAGGGACUCUCACUAUCGCAGGCGGCACGCAAAUACGACAUACCCUACCCGACAUUUGUAUUGUAUGCGAAUCGUGUGCAUAACAUGCUCGGCCCUUCCAUUGAUGGUGGACCGGAUUUACGACCAAAGGGUCGUGGUCGUCCGCAGCGCAUAUUGCUUGGCAUUUGGCCGGAUGAACAUAUUAAGGGUGUCAUUAAGACAGUUGUCUUCCGCGAUGCAAAGGAUCUCAAAGAUGAUAGCAUAGUGCCACAUUUACCUUAUGGUCGGCACUCGCCCAUGUUUCCAUUUCAGGAUGGUCCGCUUAACUACCCUGGUAUGAGUGGUCCCUGUCCGAAUGGUGUGCCCACACCUACCGGUGAUCAGAUGUCGCAAGAAGCCACCGCUGCCGCUGUGGCCGCCGUAGCACACAAUAUACGCCAGCAAAUGCAAUUGGCUGCAGCCGUACAACAUCAACAUCCGUCGGAGGGUCCUACGGGUCCUGGUUUGUUUAAUAUACCUCCGCAUUUGCAACCACAUUUAGCCGCCGCAGCUUCGGCUGGGACUGGUGGCUCUGCACCAGGUGUGCAUGGCUCUGUACCGCUACCAAAGACAAGCAUAUCUCCUGCGUUGAGUACCACAUCGAACCCUAGCGCGGGCACAAUGCUUGGACCGCGGCAUGCUCCAUCGCCCUGCGGUCCUGGUUUGACCGGUCUCCCGCCGAACUUACCACCCAGCAUGGCGAUGGCGCUGCAUAUGGGUCGUUGCGAUCCAACCGGUGUACUCAGCCAACAGCAACAGCAUCAGUUGCAACACCUACACAUGCAACAGCAGCAAGCAUUACAGCAGCAACAACAGCAGCAGCAGCAUCAUCAGCAACAGCACCAGCAGCAACAACACGGAUUUGGUUACGGUGUUAGUUCCAUGCCUCAUCAUGGCGCAGGCUCAGCAUCAGCAACAGCAACAUCAUCUUCCAGUCAACAUUACCAACAGCACCAACUCCAGCACCAGCAGCCACAAGCUCAACAACAACAACAGUUACAUCAACACCAGCAACACCACCAAUCAGCGAGUGUUAGUGUCACAGCGACAAAAGCGAAAUGCCCCUCCCCCACAUCGUUGCUCGAACAUCGUCGCAGCAGUCCAAGCGGCAAUUCACACCUACACUCUACACUCACCGAGUUAGGCUUGGAUAUGGGCUAUAAGACAACGCGUAGCAGCGCUUACUCACCAACUCGUCUGUUCUCCGAAGACUUGGCAGCUUUGGUGGGCGCUAGCGAAGACUCACCUCCAGGCACAACGGCGUCCUCCACAAAUGUUAGCAGUACCAGCACAGUGACGACGCCGGCAAUGUCCGGCAGUCACGCGGAUGUUAGCAUUACCUCGAGUGCAACGAGCGGUAAUAUAAGUUCCAGUAAUAUAAAAAUCGAACCUAUCACGACAAGUAGCGAAUAAACAAAAUACUUUCCUAGUUAAGAUGUCGUUAGGUUUAAUCGAUUUAAUUUAUUUGUAACAACCAGUUUGGAGGCAAACUUUUUUGGGAGAGAAAUUUUCAUGUCAUAGAAAUUUGUGUUAAAAAUUCGUUGUCCUUUUAAAGUUCUUUACUCUUGUUAAUCAUAAAAAACCCUUUAUCAGAAAUCUUUGCCUGAAUCGUUUUAAACUUUCCAAACUUUGAUUUUCUAGAGAUCUCUGCAUCGCAAAUGAAGCGUUCGCGGACAAAACUAUUUUCAGAACUUUAGUGCCACAAACCAUCGCUGGUUUCAUACGAUCCAGAGAAGCGAUAGGCAAGCAAAUAUUUUUAAUAUUUUGUUAAACUGUUACUCACACUCUUCAUUUGCUACAAUACCGUCAUACCUUCAUUACGAAAAAUAGUUUUCUACCCGGAAUGAACUGACCUAAGACCAAUUCUAGUAAGACCCUCAAUGGUCAACCUUAUACUUUCUACUUUAAAACUACGAAAAUUCUUUCAAAAAGAAGGAUCUAAUAACCCUACCUCGGCUUCGAAAAUACGACUUAUAAUAAAAAAGUUUGGACAAGUGAAAACGGUUAGACUAAAGCCACACACAUUGUUCAAAGCUUUAGAAACCUAUUCUUCGAUUUAAUAUUCUAUUAUCGAUACACUUGACCGAGUGAUGUUACAACUUCAUUGCCCGUUUGAAAGUAAGCCUCAUUGGCAGCGAUUCCCCCCCUCCUUCCACAGAAACUUCUAUUCAAGUUUGACGUUUUCCACUACCAGAAUAUCCUACAAAUCGUAAAAGUUCUAUUCUGUUUAUACUUAACCUCAAAACGUUUUGCCUCCAAAUACACAAAAUUAUUUAUAAAAUAAUCUCUAUUUAGGGUUUUAAUUUGCUUACCAUUAAAUAUAAGUAAUUCUUUGAACAAAUACUGAUCAAAAUAAUUAUAUCAGAAGUCUUAAGAGCAAAUACAAAAUUAUCAUCGCUAACACCACAGCAAUUGGGUUAAAAUUUUAAUUUAACAAAAUUUGAUUUCGAAAAUUAUUUAAAAACAACAUUAUAAAAAUAUCGACAAAAAUCCUUUUCGAAAGUUUGUGAAACAUUUUUAUUUUUAGUAUGUAAACUAAAUAAGAGUUUUCUUCCUAAGUAAAAAAUAUAGAAAUAUGUCAUAUUUAGAAUGCAAAAAAAAAAACAAUAAUAAUAAAUAUACACGUAUUACGUUAUGUUUGGGUGUAAAAUGUACCUACAUGCAGUAGGGGUACUCAAGCAACGACUUAAAAAAUGUUAAUAUCGAAACUUUGGUAAAGUGUGACA